GCCGAGUAAAGGUGCCUGUGGGCGGACUACAGAGCACCGUGGAGUCCCGGUGUUUUCAGCGGUUUUUACAUUUAAACUCAGCCGAGUAAAGGUGCCUGUGGGCGGACUACAGAGCACCGUGGAGUCCCGGUGUUUUCAGCGGUUUUUACAUUUAAACUCAGCUGAGUAAUGGUGCUUGUGGGCGGACUACAGAGCACCGUUGAGUCCCGGUGUUUUCAGCGUUUUUUACAUUUAAACUCAGCCGAGUAAAGGUGCCUGUGGGCGGACUACAGAGCACCGUGGAGUCCCGGUGUUUUCAGCGGUGGUUACAUUUAAACUAAGCCGAGUAAAGGUGCCUGUGGGCGGACUACAGAGCACCGUGGAGUCCCGGUGUUUUCAGCGGCGGUUACAGUUACCGACGGAGCUGUUUGAGUGUGACACCUCAACAUGGAGCCAGAAGACAGAAUCACACCGAGCCGCGAAAACUGCGUUUAUACCAGCUGUUACUGUGAGGAGAACAUCUGGAAGCUGUGUGAGUUUGUCAGAGCGGAGAAAACCGCACCGCUGGAACAUCUGUUCGUGGUUUUCAUCUCAAAUGAGAACAGAACGGUUCCUCUGUGGAAGCAGAAGUCUGGCCGAGGAGACCAGCCGGUGAUCUGGGACUACCACGUCAUCCUGCUGCAGGUGGGACCUCAUGUUUCUUCUUCUGUGUUGUAUGAUCUGGACUCUGAGCUGGAGUUUCCAUGCAGCCUGAAGCAGUACGCAGCUAAGGCCCUACGGUCAGACACACACAUCAGAGCCCAGUACCACAGGAAGUUGCGUGUGGUCCCCGCUGACAGCUUCCUGUUGAACUUUGCGUCCGACCGCUCUCACAUGAAGAACUCUGAUGGGUCCUGGAAGAUGCCCCCCCCAGCCUACCCCCCCAUUCACACCGCAGAGAGUCAGAUGAACCUGGAUGACUUCAUCAGCAUGAGUCCUGCUGUCGGCUGGGGGGAAGUCUUCAGUCUGGACCGCUUCCUGCAGACACACCUGGCCCACUGAUGCAUUCUGGGAAGUCUUCAGUCUGGACCGCUUCCUGGAGACACACCUGGCCCACUGAUGCAUUCUGGGAAGUCUUCAGUCUGGACCGCUUCCUGCAGACACACCUGGCCCACUGAUGCAUUCUGGGAAGUCUUCAGUCUGGACCGCUUCCUGCAGACACACCUGGCCCACUGAUGCAUUCUGGGAAGUCUUCAGUCUGGACCGCUUCCUGGAGACACACCUGGCCCACUGAUGCAUUCUGGGAAGUCUUCAGUCUGGACCGCUUCCUGCAGACACACCUGGCCCACUGAUGCAUUCUGGGAAGUCUUCAGUCUGGACCGCUUCCUGGAGACACACCUGGCCCACUGAUGCAUUCUGGGAAGUCUUCAGUCUGGACCGCUUCCUGCAGACAAACGUGGACGCUGCUGCUGCUUCAUCAUAGUCCGUCCAGUCUCUCACGCCACUGAUGCAUUCUGGGACAGGGGACUAAAUCUCUGGGUUGUUUACAUUUCUUUAACCAAUCACCGUGCUAAAGAAAAGGACUUGUCUUCUUCUGUUACUGCCAAACUAACUGAGGGGGGUGUUACUCACAGCAGCAGAUGGACUCUCCCAAACUAAAUAUCCCAGCUGGUGGAGGGGUGGGGGGCAGCAGA